AUGCGACGCGAUUUCACUUGGACAUUUACCGUGGCCAACGUGAAGGUACCCAUCCUCGGCGCGGAUUUCCUGGCGCAUUACGCACUGGCGGUCCAUAUGAACCCUAGGACUCUGUCCGAUACGACUACGAAUCUCCGUGUCUUAGGUACCCCUACACGUCAAGGCUCCACAGGAAUCAGCGUCGCAACAUGCCAUGGUCGCGAGUACUUAGAUCUCCUGACACAGUUCACGGAUAUAACGCUGCCACCCAAACGCCGAUUCUCACAGGCAACACCUGCGAGAAGUCUUCCAGCGACUCUCGCAUACGGCCUGAAAUUGAACCUGGACAAGUGCGUUUUCGGGGCGCCCAGCGUUGACUUUCUCGGGCACCGCACCGACGCAGAGGGCAUAGCACCUCUGCCAGACAAGAUCAGCUCGAUCCGGGAUUUUCCCACACCGACGUUCAUGAAACAGUUGCGACGUUUCCUCGGUAUGCUCAAUUUUUAUCGUCGGUUCAUACCAAAUUGCGCUACCAUCCUCCAGCCACUGAUGAACCUGCUGCAGAGAAGAAACAAGGACAUCUCGUUGGAGGGAGAUGCUCUGCACGCAUUCCAUACAGCGAAGGCUGCAUUGGCGAAUUAUACUAGGCCUCUCUGA